UCACCACCUUCCUGUGAUUGUUUUGUUUACGACUUAUCUUAUCAUCUCUGUCAUACACCUCAACAUUUUAGUGUCAUAUUUAUUGAUCAGUGUGCAAAUGCUAGCAAGUACUAAUCGUGUUUCUUUAAUCGAGAAUAUCGGAAAUUUAUAAAAACAGCGUCGUAAGUGUCUGAGGGCAAAUCCAUCGUAUUUGUGAAGAUGCAGCAUCUGGGAUAUGGUCAUCAUGAAGUGUCCUCUAAAAUAGUAGUCACCAAACACAAGUAUUCUAGUGAUUUAUCAAUAUAGUGCCGUGUAAUUUCUAAAUCAUAACUUGACGAAUGACUGGGACGAUUCCACUUCAUAGGAUAUUAAUAAUUAUUCCUUAUCAUUGGGACAAUUAAGCUCUAUCACUUUACGUUUGUGAUGUUGUCUCAAUAUAACUUUACUUGUAGCUCAAUGCCUUCAAGGAUGAUUUUCAAUCAUCCUUAUUUCAACAAUUGGAUCUCCUCUUGGAAUUUGAAUGUUUUUCUCAGUUGGUGACAGGCCAUCGUCGCACUGCCAAACUUCAAAAUGAACUACGGAACUUACGCCAACACAUUUCAAGCGGUCCCUGAUUUUUCUCAUCAGUCAGCGGCAGUCCAGUCCAAUCAAGAUCCAACUGGAGAUGCAAAUAAAGGGAACAUGGUCACUAGUGUUGCAGUCAACAAUAUACAAGGAGUGCAAACACAAGAUAGAAUGCCUGAGAUGUUGCAAAGUAUAGCUACUUCUCGGGUUCAAACAGUGAAUUCAACAAAUUAUAUUCUAAAUACGCCAGCUAUUAGUCAGCCUCAGCAAGUUUUCAGCACUAGUAAUCAGUUUGCUCCUGUCCACUAUAUCUCAGCACCAACAUCAAUCACUAGCAAUGAUAUCCAAAUUGCAUGGACUGAUCCCAACCGCUCGAACAACUUACUCAGUGAACAUCUUAAAAACUCCAUUAGUGUUCCUAUUUUUUCAACGUUACCUCACAACGCUUUGCAUAUGAAUUCUCCAGCCGUUUGGUCUGUUAAAUCAGUGUCUGUAGAUAGUGUUGGUACCAUGACGGAUCCAAUUCUAAGUUCAGAGUUUCUAGAUCUGAAAACUAAAAAUAAAAGAGAUUUUGAUAGUACUGACUGUUCUAAACUAAAUAUCGGUAUGCAAUCAAGUGCUCUUCUACAAUAUAUGUCCCGAAUGCCACCUCAGAUUUUACCUCUAAGUUUUCAAAACUUUUUAAAAAAACAUAACAUUCCGUACAAUAUCAAAGUUUUAGGUAAUAAUUUGCUUUCCCAAGGAGUUUCUGCAAUCGGAAUGGGAUCUGUGAAUGUCACAAUUUGCAAGGAUAAUAGGACUAAAUCUCCUGUGUAUAAACCCAAAACCUUCAAUCCUCUAGUAGAUGGUGCAACAAAUUUUAACUGCAACGUUUGUGAUUUGGAAUUUCCUGAUGAAGCCUCGCUGCAAAAUCAUGCUUUAGUAUCAGAUCACGAACCUGACAGAAGAUUCCGUUGCGAAGAAUGUGGGGUCUGUUUGAAGCGGAAAGAACACCUAGAUCAGCACAGGAAAGGGCAUAGCCAAGACCGACCGUUUGUGUGUUCUAUUUGCUACAAGGGCUUCAAAAGGAGCGAACAUUUAAAAAGGCACUAUGGAACUCACUCGGACCAGAAAUGCUUCUCCUGUAGAAUCUGCGGGAAAGCUUUUUACCGCAAGGAUCAUCUUGCAAAACAUGAACAAACGCACGUCAAUCGGAAAAUAUCCGAUUCUUAUGAAACUAGUCAACUGUCCCAUGGUGAAGAUGUCUCAGAAAUCUCAGAACCUGAUCAAGGACAUGAUAUGAUAUCCGCAGGCUGCUGAUAACUACCGUGAACCAUUCUACGACUUUUGGACCAGGAUCGAUUGCCGUAGCGAAAAGCAACGUUUGCAAUCAUGACGAUCAAAGAGAACAAUCAGUGUGGAGAAAAUUUCUUCGCUAUUACGUUGUUUGUCAUAAGUUAAUUGAAAGUGUAAAUAAAAUUGUUAUUCUUUUAAAAAAUGAUGAAAAUAAUUCAGGAGCAGUUGUUUCGAAAUAAAGUACCGGUUCCUCUGAAACAAAACA